AUGAUUGUGCUGUUCAUUUUGAUGUCCACAUUGAUGAGAAAAUAUAUAUCAGGUGUAUGCAGAAUAAAAACAUCCAAUAAAGCUGUUCAGGUUUGCGAGGCACAGCUGAAUGCAGUGAAUUCUGCACUAAAAGAAAUAACGUGUGAAGAUGAUCAAAGAGCUUUGUUGAUUUUAGAAGCGAGAAACAGAGAAAACCACAAUCUUCUAGAUUCUCAAUGUGAUCCAAGACUCGGCUUCCAGAGAUCAUAUACAAGUAACAGAAGACCUGGAGACAAUGAGUGGAGCAGUCUGCAAUUUAAUAACAAACUGAAAUCACACCACAAAGCAAAGAAAUUUGGAGCCAUGUCUGGUGAAGACAAAAGUAACUUUGAUGCUGAAGCAUUUAAAGAAGCCAACCCUAAAGUGUCAGUUGGAUGGGCAGCAUCUGCCAUGAGGAGUGGAGACGAGAAAAAAAUACAACUCAUGAAGGCCAAAUCUGAUCACUUGCAGGAAAUGUGGCAGGAGAGGAAAGAUAAAGUGCCUGUGAUGAAUCAGUUCAGAGACUAUUUGAAAGAAAGCGAUAAUCCAUAUUCAUUUGUUGUUUUUCUGUUGAACGAUUCACAUGAUCUUCAUGUUCACAAAACCACGACCUAUUCCUAUGCAGUUUGUAAAGAGUUCUGUGGGUGGCUGUUUUCCUCUCAGUGCAACGUUAAAAAUAAGAACCAGGUCUUGACGCCAGAAAUAAAGCUUGAUGCUUUAAGCGUUGCAAUGAGAUAUCACACAGUGAUGUUUCAACUGGUUCUUAAAAUAUAUGAGCUCAGACACCAGGGUAACGGUUACAUGUUGCCAGAAAUAAAGCGAUUUUUGGAGAAGAAAAAAUACAACGAGUGUGCAUUAUUGGCCGGACAUCUAGGACUGCAAGACCAUUUCACUAUUGAUGAGAUAGCAGUUCCUCUGAUCCUACAGAACAAACUGAACCUGUUGGAGACCUACCUCAGGGGGAACUCUGGUCAGCAGAUGUUGGUGGUGCAGUUCCUAGACCGUAUGUGUGAGAAAGGGUACAACAUAAACAACCUGGUCAGCUCCAUGUCUGUUCCUGAUGUCAAAAUGAGUCACUUGCAGAAAAAAUCUAUCAGCAAACUGGCCACUAGGCUGGCCAAACUGUAUGAGAUUCCUAAUGAUCUUAUUCCCAAUAUUGUGACAGCCAGAGGCCUUGGAGCAUUGAGAUUUCUUCUGUACAAGCGAUACAUUGAGAACAGCAUGGCCGCUGGGAGCUGGGAGGAUAUGGUGGAAAAUGCAGUGGGGGACAACGAGACUCUACAACUGGAGCUGGUAGAACAGCUGCAGUGUUACAACGAUGCCAAGUCUGCUGCGAAGUGGGCCAACUUCUACAAGAUACCGGACGAAAAAUUGUCACAUCCUGUCAUUGAGGAGAGGAAACGGUUGGCCGAGGGUCCGACCUCAGCCCCUGCUGCUGUGGGCGGGGAGGAGAGUUGGGAGGAUGAGCUGAUGUCUGUAGAUGGAAUGGAUGCUUAUUACUACAAACUGAAUCUAGACCCUUCCAGCAUUCAGCUGGUGGACACCAAGGAGAAAUACCACGAGUGUAUCUCCAGGCUUUCUCGGCCAGGUUUAACAAUUGGGGUUGAUUCAGAAUGGAAACCAUCUUUUGGAAAUACUACACAAAGGAUAGCAUUAAUGCAGUUUGCUACCUCGGAUCAGAUAUUUCUGUUGGACAUGAUUACAUUGCACUCCCUACUUCACAAGAGUGAUUGGUUCUUGCUCGCCAAUGCUCUGUUUUGUAAUGAGGAAAUGAUUAAACUAGGGUAUGGAUUUGAUUCUGAUCUUAAGAUGGUUGUGAAGACUUAUCCUUUCCUGAAAGAACCACUAACACAUCUAAAGAGAACAGUGGACUUGGAGAAACUAGCAGCAAAGGUGAUUGACAAGGCCAUCAAUCUGAUGCCAGACACAGUGGGCGACUCGGACGACGAGGGACUCGAGGACAAGGACAGCGGGGUCAACGUCAAGUUCCAGGCAGUCGAGCAGCGGGGGCUCAGUGAGCUCGUCAGACAGUGCUUCGGUAAACCCCUGAACAAAGGCGAGCAGAUGUCAGACUGGGAGAGACGUCCUCUACGUAACACACAGAUCCAGUAUGCAGCUCUGGAUGCUUUUGUCUUGCUGGAAGUAUAUGAAAGAUUAAAAGAAACUGCUAAGAGGGAGAAGAUGGAGAUAGAUGUGGAACCUCCAGUCACUGUGAAGUGGAGCAAGGACAGCAAGCUGGACAGGAUGAAGGCCAAGGCAAAGAACUAUCGGCCACCAAAGUCAACAUUUACACCGAAACCAGAGACGACUGCUUACCUAGGGUCAGAGAUGGAGCCUGGACAGUUUAGGGUGGUAGUGGACUCAAUGCUACAGGGCCUGGGGCGGCAGCUCAGGAAUUGUGGGGUGGACGUCCAAAUACUGAAUUAUGAUGAGGACCAUCAGAAAGCAGUUCAGGCUGCUAUGCAGGAGAAUAGAAUUGUGUUAUCAUCAGGGACCCCUUAUCAAACUAUUUGUUCCAAAAUAGGAGCAGAGAGGUGCUAUAAUGUUGACAAUACUUUGCCAGCUAAGGAACAGAUUGUAGGUGUUCUACAACAUUUUAAAGUGAAAGUAAAAAAGGAGGACAUAUUAAGCCGAUGCCAAGUUUGCAACAGUGACAACUUUCUACAGAUACCAAGCAAGGAUGUACUCAGAAUGUCAGAGAAAGCAGAAAAUAUGAAGCGUUUGCAUGGAGCUCCACCUAGGGACAGUUGGGAUGAACACAUGUUGACUACUUACCAGAUUAAUUCUAGGAACACAUCUUUUGUGAAGACAGGAGUCGAUAUUAGGAUUGACACUAUACCUCAGAAAAUAUUUAGCAUUGUGGAUUCCUUCUACAUUUGUGUCAAAUGUGGAAAGAUUUUCUGGGAGGGGCCACACAUGGCUUCAGCAUGUGAACAGUUUGCUCAUGUAUUGAACCUGUAGUCUUUAAUGUUUACUGGAGCAUGUGGAAUUCUACAUUAGUCAUGUAUAUUACAUUGGGUAUUGGACAAAACAUUUUAAUCAGUAAAUUGUUUUGAUUGGUCAAUGAAUUUACUUUUUAGUUUACAUGUACCAUACUGAGAAACAUUUACAUGAACAUGAACAGUAUUUUGAAUUUAAGAUUCACUUAUACUUUUCAGGAUAGAAACAGAUUACUUAUUUUAAUGAAUUUUAUUAAAUGAUAAACAAUUAUUAAACAAUUUGAUCAAAUGUAGAAAGCAGAAUUAAAUUUUUUUCUUCUUUUCUCCUCAGGAACAUUUUUUCUACCAUAUGGACACUGAAAACAGAAAAAUAAAACUUGAUAACAUUGCAA